CAUGGGAAAAGAAGAGAAGAAAGCUCCAAGCAGCCUGACACAUAAUCCGAGCCAGACAGGGCAAGUACCUGGGACAGAGCCGAGGAAAGAGCCCAAAGCAGCCCUGAUGUCCAAGAAGCCACCCAAAGGAGAUCCCAGCCCGGGCCAGGAGGAGGACACCUACAGGUGCUGCGGUUGCCACUUCCCAUUACUGGUUGCCCUCUUGCAGCUAGCUUUAGGGGUCUCCAUCACAGUGCUGGGCUUCCUCGUAGCCAGCAUCAGCUCUUCCGUGCUGAGCAGAGACACUCCAUAUUGGGCUGGCAUCAUUCUUUGUGUCGUGGCCAUGCUAGGGCUGGUGAUGCUGUGUAUCUCUUAUCAACCAGAUGAGAAGACCUGCGUCCAGUUUGCCAUCAAGGUUGCCUACUUCCUGUUGAGUGUUCUGAGUCUGGUGGUCUGUGUGCUCGCUGUGGCAUUUGCCACCUACUGUUAUUCACAGAUCACCCAGUUUACCUGUGAAACCAUCACUGAGACCUGCCAGUGUAAAAUGGACAUAGAGGAUCCCCUCAGCAGAACUUUCAUUUACCAGGAUGUAUCUGACUGUCCCAACUUCCUUGGGACUUUCAGUCUUUACUUACUGAUUCAGAUUGUUCUGAACCUCCUGGCUGCUCUUGUGGAUUUUGCAGCAUGUUUUGUGAUGUGGAAAGAUAGGUACCAAGUCUUCUAUAUGGGCAUCCGGUUGUACUGUUCAACUGUUCCUACAGUCCAACAACAGAAAGUAUAGGGAUCUGGGGGGAGAGGCAUCCUUAUCAAAUCAGCACCAAAUUGACGACUGUUUACAUAAUGGGGGAUUAGGAUUAGGGUUACAUUUAUGUAAACUGGAGGGUGCAAAACUGAUAUAUAAACACAUGCUCAAUUGAUAUAUUCAUUUAGAUAAAGGUAAGAGAAAUAUGUCUACAAUAGCUAUUCUCCCACCAGAUCCCCACAGAGCUAAGGAUCCAGAGGUGCUGUUGGUCCACAUUGCAUUGCUUUUAAUGGGAUGUGUCAAGCGUGUUUAUUUCUGUAACCUAAUGGGUUCUCAAACACAGAGCAGAUCUCCCACUCUUUACUGCUCCCCCCUUCUCUACAACCAUGGGGCAAGUAAUAAAUCCAUCUGACCCAAGGAUGUUUAUGCUACGACCUGGCUGGUACCACUUUCAAGUCGCCUCUCCUACAGGUUCACACAGACAACCCUUAUCUUCUGCUAGAGAAGUGUGAGAAUGGGAGAUGUUUUUAGUAGCCUAAAUUCCUUAGUAAGAAAAGAGAUGGUGUUUAGCAACCUUUGAACCCGUGACUCAAGUAUGCAUCUGUAAUAUAACCUUUGAAGAUAUCCAAUAUAGCAACUGUGUAACUCUGUAUACGCCAUUACUCCCAAGGCUUGUGUCCUUGGUACAGCUUCUGAGUUUCUUAAAUAAAACAGCUUUGAUUUAAAACAAAA